UUGAACACCUGGCAGAGGUGUGGACUGAGAACUGUCGGCAAAAUGUCAAGUAACGGCUUUCAAAAUUCAGGCUACAGCAAUGAACGCCCGCCAUCCUCAACUGGCAGCGGGGAAGCAGACCUGGCCACUGAUCCUGCUAGCAGUAGUUUUUUUGCCAAUGAUUUCAAGAAACAUGAAGAUCUCAAACAGAUGCUGGACGGAAACAAAGAUACUGUUAAACUUGAAGCAAUGAAGAGAAUUAUUGGGAUGGUUGCUAAGGGUAAAGAUGCCUCAGACCUGUUUCCAGCUGUGGUAAAGAAUGUUGUGUCCAAGAACCUUGAGAUUAAGAAGUUGGUUUACGUCUACUUAACACGAUAUGCUGAGGAACAGCAGGAUUUGGCUCUCCUGUCUGUCAGUACUUUCCAGCGAGCUCUCAAGGACCCGAAUCAGUUGAUCCGUGCAAGUGCUUUACGUGUACUGUCAAGCAUCCGGGUGCCUAUGAUUGCUCCAAUUAUGAUGCUGGCCAUCAAAGAGGCUGUGAUGGAUAUGUCUCCUUACGUGAGGAAGACUGUGGCACAUGCCAUUCCUAAACUCUACAGUUUGGACCCAGAGCAAAAGGAUCAGUUGAUAGAAAUUAUAGAAAAAUUGCUUGGCGACAAAACAACACUAGUGAUAGGCAGUGCGAUCCAGGCCUUUGAGGAGGUGUGCCCAGAGAGGAUAGACCUGAUCCACAAGAACUACCGUAAGAUGUGUAACCUGUUGGUGGAUGUAGAGGAGUGGGGCCAGGUUGUUCUCAUCAACAUGCUCACCAGAUACUGCCGAUCACAGUUUGCCUCACCCAACCAAGAUGAAAAUGCUGAGGAGGCAGACAGGCCAUUUUAUGAGGAUUCUGACGAGAAGGGUGAUGAUAGCCCUGAGAAAGAUGAAGAGGAGGAAAAGAAAAAAGUGUAUGUGAUGGACCCUGAUCACAGGCUGCUCCUGAGACAAGUUAAACCACUGCUGAACAGUAGAAAUGCUGCUGUGGUGAUGGCUGUUGCUCAAUUGUAUCAUCACUGUGCCCCCAAAUCAGAAGUAGGACUGGUGGCGCGCUCUAUGAUCAGACUGCUCAGGGGACACAAAGAGGUUCAGUAUGUUGUGUUGAGCAACAUUGCAACAAUGUCAAUUAAAAGAAAGGGUAUGUUUGAACCAUAUCUGAAGAGCUUCUAUGUCCGUUCCAAUGAUCCUACUCAUGUGAAGCUUCUCAAGUUGGAAAUUUUGACAAAUUUAGCAACAGAGACAAAUAUUUCCACUAUUUUACGGGAAUUACAGACGUAUGUUACGAGCUCUGAUAAUGAGUUUGCUGCAGCCACAAUCCAGGCUAUUGGUCGCUGUGCUAGCAGUAUUAAAGAGGUCACAGACACCUGUCUGAAUGGACUGGUUCACCUCAUGUCCAAUAGAGAUGAAACAGUUGUAGCAGAGAGUGUUGUCGUAAUAAAGAAACUAUUACAGAUGCAGCCAUCAGAACACAAAGAGAUCAUUAUUCACAUGGCUAAGAUGAUUGACAAGAUCACGGUGCCUAUGGCGCGGGCCAGCAUCCUCUGGUUGAUUGGCGAGUACAGUGAACGCGUGCCCAAAAUAGCCCCAGACGUUCUCCGCAAGAUGGCAAAGACAUUUAUAUCUGAGGAGGACAUUGUCAAGUUACAAAUCUUGAACUUGGCUGCCAAGCUGUGUGUGACAAACACAAAGCAAACUGUGUGUAAACUGCUCUGCCAGUACGUCUUCAACCUAGCAAAGUACGAUCAGAACUACGACAUCAGAGACCGGUCACGGUUCCUGCGUCAGCUUAUCUUUCCGGGGGACAAAGGAGGAGAGCUGUCCAAGAAGGCCAAGAAAAUCUUUCUGUCCACAAAACCUGCACCUGUUCUGGAAUCCACCUUCAAAGAUCGAGAUGCCUAUCAGCUGGGAACCCUCUCGCAUGUUCUUAACUGUCGGGCAACAGGUUACCAGGAGUUACCAGAGUGGCCACAGACCCCUCCUGACCCGUCUGUCCGCAAUGUGGAGGUGACCAUGCCAUGGACGGACUCGAAACCUCUAAAGAGCAAAAAAGCACAGAAAAAGAAAUCCUUCUACUCAGAUAGCGAGUCAAGCCCAGAAGAUGACAGUGAUAAGAGCAGUGAAGACAGCUCAGACAGCAGUGAUGAUUCGGACAGCAGUGAAGACAGCUCAAGUGAGUCAGAAUCAGAAGUGGAGGACUCAGAUUUAGAGGCUCCUGACUCAGAUUCUGAGGAAGACAAGCCUAAGAUUAAGUCUGCACAGAAGAAGUCCAAGGUUGCGUCCCCUGUCAAGUCAGUCUCCUCUUCAGGGGAAGAAAGUUCUGAAGAAGCCUCGUCCAGUGAGGAGGAAAGCUCAAGUGAGGAAUCCAGCGAUGAGAAAGAGAAGCUUAAGAGAAAGCCACCACCAAAAGUCAAAGAGAAGAGCUCUACUAAGAAGGCAUCCAAAGAAAGUGAGCCCAACUUGCUGCUAGAUUUGGAUGAUUUGGGUCCUUCUACAAUGCAGAAUGGGGGUACUCCAACCGUACAAGGCAAUGACAUCCUCACACCUAUGUUAGCCUCGGAGAUGGAUAAUUUGGGUCUUGGAGAUGCCACAGUAACCACAAACAUGCAGAUGGCCCCUCCUGUCCAAGUUAAAACCAAGUCCUAUGAGCUGUUGAACAGAAUGAGUGGAAAUGGCCUGGCAUUGUCAUAUAAAUUUACAAGAACAAUUUCCAUAUUUUCACCCAAAAUGGCUUCUAUAGAGCUGUCCUUUGUGAACAACAGUGAUAAACCAUUAAAAGAAAUUCACAUAGGCGAUAAGAAGUUGCAAUCUGGAAUGGAGAUGCAAGACUUUCCUGAAAUUGCCAAUUUAGGGCCUGGUGCAAGCACAACAGUUUUGACUGCUGUCAAUUUUAACGACACAACACAACCAGCUAAAUUUGAGUUGGUUGUGUCCGAACAAAAGUUCAACCUGAGUAUUUCAGCUCCUGUUGGGGAGUUACUGGUGCCACACACAAUGAACGAGAAAGGCUUUUUGACUCAACAAGCUAAACUGUCAGGAAUGAAUGAAAAUACUGGAACAGCAAAAAUAGCAGAAUCCAACAUCAGCCCGAGUGGAAUAUACACCUGUGUUAUGGAGGUAGCCAAUGUUUUACAGGUGCCCUCAUCAGAAGAAAAUGUGUACAGAUUUGCAGCAAAAACUUUAUCUCUGGGUUGUCUGACCUUGGUUUCUGUGAAGGUACUCGAGUCUCAGGCCAAAGUGACUGUGAACUGUGAAAAAAUGGUUAUAGGCUCCAUGCUAGUCAAAGACAUCAAAGGAGCCCUGGAGAAGGGGAAAUAACUCAUGCCUGACUUGUACGUUAAUAAUUCCAACAUAUCGUAUUGAUUGUAGGUCUACAUGUGUUUAUUCUGAUCAGCCUCUAUUCUUCAUAUUACAUUCUUGCAAUCGUAAAGUUAAAGUCUAUUUUAUCGUCUAAGAAAGUAUUAUUAUGUGUCCAAGUUAUUUCUCAGGUUUUCUUCUCAGUGUUGGAAUUGGCUUCUCACAGUUGGAUAAUCAAUCAUAUUGAUUUAAAUUGAAUACAUUAAAAAAAAUCCAGCAAAUUCAACUCAAUAUUGUACUAAUAUUUAUAGUGUGCCUUCAUGCGUAUUGAAAUGUCUAACAUACAGAUAAUGAUUGUCUGCCAUUGGAUUUGUCUAUGUGUCUUUCUUCUCUCGACCCUUGAAAAAUUCACAUUUCAUUCAAGAAAGAAGAACUGCAUUGAAAGAAAACAUUCUGUGUUCUGCAAUAUUGAAAUUGCAUGAUGUAGUAUCUGGGGGGACAACUCUUCUGCUACAGCAUGUCAUCAUGAAAAUGAAUGCCUGAAUGUCAGACACAAGUAUUGAUAGGAAAUGUUUUCAGUCUUUUCUGUAUGUUAGUGUUUUACUUAAUACAAAUAAUAAUGGUUAUUCAUGUGUACAAUUGAAACAGAAUCUGAAUGUUAGAAUUUAUGUAAAUCAUAAUUUCAUUGAAUUUUUCACUGAGCUAAUCCUCUUUCUGUACUAAAGUUCCUACAGCAGGACAAUUAGUUGGUGAAACUUGCCUAUGAAAUUACAGGUGAUCUACUGUUACUAUUUAAACAAUUCCAAAAUGUGGCUAGAAUUCACAAGGUCAUUGUGGUGUCUCUGGAUGUGCCGAUUCAAUGGUUUUCCACGAUGAAGACAAAAACUUUAUGCUAUGAUACAUAGAAGCUAUUCUUGUGUAUGCAUUGUACUUUGUACUUUUUAGUCAUCUCAAACAGACUUCUGAAUCACGGUUGUAGAAUGUGACGUAGAAUGUAAUUUAAAAUGAAUGAACUAUUCUCGCAGUCAUCCCUCACACUGGACAUAUGUAUAUAUACAGAAAACUCAAGUAACAGUUUUGGUCCUACAUAGACCUACGCAGACUAAUGCUAUUGCCUAGAUUCUCAUCUUUGUUAAUACCUGUGCACAGAACUGAUGACAUCAAUUUGUACUAUAGCAUAAGCGAAUCCUCCAGUUAGCAAUGGUGAUGCAUGUACACUUUUGCCUCAUAUGUGUUUGAUUGUUGGCUGAUCUGGACUAAAUUCAUUCAUUGUGAACAGUUCACAGCACAUGUCCCGACUACUCUAAUUAAAUGACUGUCAUGCAAC